UGGUGCACCAACGGCCUGUCCGAUCUACGGCCGUUCUAUCGCCCGCCGUGCUCUCCAAGGAUCGGGCGUUUGCCGGUCACUCACAGUCCUUUGGAUUCAAGGCUGUCGCGGAGGUGAUCAGCUCGGAGAAGGUGAAUGAGCGUCUCGAACGUGCCACAGUCAGGGGAACUGUCAUCCUCUUGUGCAGAAUGUACAGAACCAAAGUGGGCCUGAAGGACCGCCAGCAGCUCUACAAGCUGAUCAUCAGCCAGCUGCUCUAUGACGGAUACAUUAGCAUCGCCAAUGGCCUCAUCAACGAGAUCAAGCCGCAGUCGGUGUGUGCACCCUCGGAGCAGCUCCUGCACCUCAUCAAGCUAGGGAUGGAGAACGAUGACACUGCAGUUCAGUAUGCCAUUGGUCGCUCUGACACGGUUGCCCCUGGCACAGGGAUUGACCUGGAGUUUGAUGCAGACGUCCAAACAAUGUCUCCCGAGGCUUCGGAGUAUGAAACCUGUUAUGUCACCUCUCACAAAGGCCCAUGCCGAGUGGCCACCUACAGCAGAGAUGGGCAGUUGAUAGCCACAGGGUCUGCGGAUGCUUCCAUCAAGAUACUGGACACAGAGAGGAUGCUGGCCAAGAGCGCCAUGCCCAUCGAGGUCAUGAUGAAUGAGACUGCACAACAGAACAUGGAGAACCACCCAGUGAUCCGAACUCUUUACGACCAUGUGGAUGAAGUCACGUGUCUUGCUUUUCACCCAACAGAACAGAUCCUGGCCUCCGGCUCAAGGGAUUAUACUCUAAAAUUGUUUGAUUAUUCCAAACCCUCUGCAAAAAGAGCCUUUAAAUACAUUCAGGAAGCUGAGAUGCUGCGCUCCAUCUCUUUCCAUCCUUCUGGAGACUUCAUCCUCGUCGGAACCCAGCAUCCCACGCUUCGCCUUUAUGACAUCAACACCUUCCAGUGUUUCGUCUCCUGCAAUCCCCAAGACCAGCACACCGACGCCAUCUGCUCUGUCAACUAUAAUCCUAGUGCCAACAUGUACGUCACUGGCAGCAAGGACGGCUGCAUCAAGCUGUGGGAUGGCGUCUCCAAUCGCUGCAUCACAACCUUUGAGAAAGCUCACGACGGGGCAGAAGUCUGUUCUGCCAUUUUCUCCAAGAAUUCCAAGUACAUCCUCUCAAGUGGAAAAGACUCUGUAGCUAAACUCUGGGAAAUAUCCACGGGACGGACACUGGUGAGGUACACAGGCGCAGGGCUGAGUGGACGGCAAGUGCACCGGACACAGGCUGUGUUCAACCACACUGAGGACUAUAUUUUGCUGCCGGACGAAAGGACCAUCAGCCUGUGCUGCUGGGACUCUAGGACAGCUGAGCGCAGGAACCUGCUGUCCCUGGGCCACAACAACAUUGUGCGCUGCAUAGUGCACUCCCCGACCAACCCUGGCUUCAUGACGUGCAGCGACGACUUCCGAGCUCGGUUCUGGUACCGGAGGUCCACCACUGACUGAACUGGCCCCGCUCUGGGGUUCUUGUCUCAGGACUCUGCCCUCCUCCCUGUCCUGCCACCGGCUGCGGAAGUGAGCAACUUGCACCAUCUGUGGCGGGUGUGUGGCCGCCCAGCUCCCGCCUUGGAUUUGUGGUGGAAGCUCUUUUUUACCUUGGUGUAGAAUCGUGGUGGGAAAAGUCGGAAACAGAUCUGUGCAGCUGUCCUGUCACAGUGAUUUUGGUGUGGUCUUCACCAGCUUAGUGAGUGCAGGGCUUGGCACGGCCUUCACCUCUCGUGCCUGGAGAAGGACAGAAUAUGGAAGUACUUCCUGGGCCUCGGGUCACACUUGUCUCCUCCUAUGCUGUCCCUCCCCUUCUGUAUUUUCUUUCCAGAUGCAUUUUGGCACAUGAGGAGGGCCACAUCUCUGAGGACCUGGGUCCCAUGUGGAACCACCUUGCAGGGAUCCCAGUCCCUUCCUGAGGUGACAUCAUCAUCCUGGUAAUAAAGCUCAGAUGCACAACCUCACUGUUCCUCCUCCUUCCCGUCAAAUCAAACGAAGGCUCCUGGCCUCCCGUCUUCCAUCCUGCAGCAUCCUCUGGGUACCAGCUGUACUUGCUGGUAGGAUCCAGAACUGGCCUGCAAGCCCUGUGGAGCAGGAGCCAGCCUGGGCUACAUUAGCCCCCUUUUCACACCUUAAUCCCAGCUCUUGAGAGGCAGAGGCAGGUGGUUCUCUGUGAGAUCCUAGCCUGGUCUAAAUAGUGAGCUCCAGGGCAGCCAGGGCUACACAGUGAAGCCUUGUCUCAGGAAGAGGAGGGAAUGAUCCGAUCUACUCAGUUCAAGCCACCAGAGCCCACUGUCCCCAGCCAAGGGUGCAGGAGGGUGCAGGGGCCUCACUCUUGGAAGGUUGCUGCAGCACCCACAUCUGGUACAUUUUUCUCUCUUGAAGUGUUUGGGAAGCUGGCAGUAUUCUCUCUGUGUUAAGUCCCAUGUAGGCGGCCCAGCCCUGCAUGACCCACUUACUAACAAAGUCUGCUUCCUGUUUCUCCUGAAGAGGAAUCAGGAGCUGGGCAGAAGUACCUGGAAAUGGUGUGAGGUCACCAAUUAAGCAGUGACCAGACCCCAGUAAGUCAUUCCCGAGUUGUGAGAACUUUGGCAUAAAAGGUCUGUUCCAGCCUCACCACUGGGUUUAUGGUUGUAGGCAUAAAGAGCUGUAUUUCUGUCCGCAAUAAGUGUUAACUGACACUUUUAUUUUGCAUUCUGACUUUCAGGUAUUUGAUCCUGGCUACCCAUAGGUUAUAAGAAAGCUGAUGGACAGGGACAAGGACAACCCAUUCUGUCUAGGCAAGCUUUGCUCUUCUUCCUCUAGAGUCCCUGUUGCUCUCUGGCUAUGACACUACAGAGCAGACUUGUCACCUCUGUUCCCACCCACACUCCCAGCACAAGAUGCCAGGGUGCUGCAGUCACUUGUGAAUUAAAAUAAUGCCACUUCGUGCAGUCUCUGCUGGGCUGGUCUCAAGGGCCGGUAGUUUCAGGGCUGACAGGUGCAGGACGGAGAUGCUCUUCUGUUUCCAAAACGGUUUCCUCUUCCCUCGCUGCCUUCCUCUCUCCUUCCUUUUAAAAGCCGCAUUAACGGUUGAGCUGGUGUACAUGUCGAGAGUAUCACACAGACUCAUUCUCCUCACAGAACAUCCCGCUAAUUGUACCACAUAACACCCUGGCAUUGAAUGAAGAAUUUAUAUCUGGUCAGGAUAACCUUCUAUGUUGUUUUUUAAAGAUGUGAUUUCUAAAAUAAAUUUUUUAUAUCACAGC